AUGACUGGGUCUGUCCAGCCAGAAGACAACGAUCAUUUUGAAAAUGGUGUUGAAAAAAAUAUCCUUCACAAUGAUGAAGAUUCCAGGACUGCAAUGGUUGACGAUAGUGAGGGAUCAUUUCCUGAGGUGCGUGGAGAGGUAAGUUAUGUGGAGGAAGGGAUUGUCAAUAGUUCAGGACUAAACUCGGUGGUUAAAGAAGCUGGAGAGAGUAAAGAUGCGACGGCCUAUAAGUCAAUGGAUCCUAGGCAUUUGCCAAGAGGGAAAGUUGAAAUCUUACCAGAUGGUAUGACAGAUGCGACUAAUGCUUCUACAUCUCUGGAUGAUCCAAUACAGUUUACUAGAGUCUCUUCUUCAUCAGUAUUAAGCGGAAUGUCAGGCUCAAAUAUUCAAGAUGAAAUUAUAAAUGCUGAAAAUAAAAUUUUAAAGGAUAAAAGGGAAGAGGUACUGACUAAUUCUAAUACUAGCCAAGAAGAACCAAAUGCAUUUGUAGAUACAAGUAACAAUAAUACAACUGUUUUGUCGGGCUCUAAUAUGGAAGUUAACGAAACUGUUACCAUUAGUGAAACCUUAACCUCAACGUUAAGAAUUUCUCAAUUUGAUCAACAAAUUUCGUCUGCAUUUCAAGAUACAUCUACUAUUUAUAAUAAUACAUCAGAAAGUCAUGAUUUUUUAAAUAAUACUGGCAAUAUAAGUCAAAUUUACAAGAAACCUCCAUUACCAUCAACGCCUGCUCCUCCAACUCCUAAUCCUACACCACCAAUGACUUCCGCAAACGUUACUACACCAGUAAUUCAACAAGGUAUAAUAUUACCCAAGUCUACAUAUUCUGGAAGUGUUCCUAUAUCGACGAUUAAAGCAUCUGACAGGUCUGCAACAAAUUUAACUAAUUUAAAGGCCCCUCAACAGAAUAGCCCCAAAAUAAAUUCAUACUCAAAAAUCUCAAAUCAAAUAAAUUCAUCAAAUUCAUCAAGUAAUGUUGACAUAAGUAAAAGAAAAACCAGUGGCAGCAGAAUGAAAGGAGUCUUCUCUUCAUUUGUUCAAAAUAUGAAAAGGAAUUCUCAGGGUGAAAAAAGAAAGUCAGGUAGUAGUGUCAAGAUUUCAACUCCAUAUAAUGCAAAACAUGUUCACCAUGUGGGAAUUGAUACAAAGACUGGUGAAUAUACCGGCCUUCCUGAAGAAUGGGAAAGAUUAUUAACAUCUAGUGGUAUAUCCAAAAAAGAACAACAGCAAAACCUACAGGCCGUAAUGGACAUUGUUCAGUUCUAUCAGGAUGCUACCAAAACAAGUGGUGAAGAAAAAAUGUUGAAAACAUUUAAGGUUUCAGAUUCAAACACCAAUUUGGUAGCAUCUUUUAGAACGCCGUCUUCGUCAUCAGUAAACAGGUUUGAGUCAUCACCAAGUCCACUUUCGCCAGAGGUUUCUUACAAUGCACACUCAUCUCAUUUACAACAAUUUCCAUCAUCGGCUUCGACACCAAAUAUUAGAAAUUCCCCAAUAAUGGGAUCUUAUGAUUCUUUACCAAAAUCCUCAUCAAGCGAUAAAUUUAUACCCACAAGACCUGCACCAAAGCCACCAGUUAAACCUAGCGGCAGUUUAACACCACCAUUAUCUUCACCUAGUCUACCAGCUUCGGCGAAUAAUAUAAAUACUGUUAAAAAAUCACCAAGUCAGAAAUCGAUUAGAUUACCAUCUCGUCACGAAACCGCUAAAAAGGAAAAACAGCCUCUUCCCCCACUACCUAAUGAUGACACUACUAAGGUUAAUCCAAAUGUAGCCAACGAUAAAAAGAUGCCACCAAUUCCAAAUACAAAUAAUAUAAACAGAGAUGCAUCUAAGAAGGUAAAUACAAAAUCAUUAGAAAAGAAGAGAGAGGAAAGGGAAAGAGCUAUUAAAUUGCUAUAUCAAAGACUAUCUGAAAUUGUAUCUGAUGGCGAUCCAAGUUCUAAAUAUACGGACUUAAUUAAGAUUGGACAAGGUGCUUCAGGUGGUGUCUAUACAGCUCAUGAUCCGACUAGGGAAGGUUAUGUUGCAAUCAAGCAAAUGAAUUUAGAGAAACAACCUAAAAAGGAACUAAUUAUUAAUGAAAUUAUAGUUAUGAAAGAAAGCAAGCAUGAAAAUAUUGUUAAUUUUAUAGAUUCAUAUUUAUUGAAGGGCGAUUUAUGGGUUAUUAUGGAAUAUAUGGAAGGUGGAUCCUUAACAGACGUCGUUACACAUUGUUUAUUAACAGAGGCUCAAGUUGGUGCUGUUUGUAGAGAGACAUUAUCAGGUCUGCAGUUUUUACAUUCCAAAGGUGUUAUUCAUAGAGAUAUAAAAUCUGAUAAUAUUCUACUAUCCAUGAGAGGUGACAUCAAGUUAACAGAUUUUGGCUUUUGUGCACAAAUUAAUGAAUUGAAUUUAAAAAGAACGACAAUGGUCGGUACUCCGUAUUGGAUGGCACCAGAAGUUGUUUCAAGGAAAGAAUAUGGUCCAAAAGUUGAUAUAUGGUCAUUAGGUAUUAUGAUAAUAGAAAUGAUUGAAGGUGAACCUCCAUAUCUAAAUGAAACACCAUUAAGAGCAUUGUAUUUAAUUGCAACAAAUGGUACACCUUCCCUGAAAGAACCAGAAGCAUUAAGCGAUGCCCUGAAUAAUUUCUUAGGAUGGUGUCUAAAGGUCAAUCCAGACGAAAGAGCCUCUGCAAAAGAUUUACUAUUAGAUCCAUUUAUUACAGAAAUAGCCGAUAGUAAUGAAUCUUUAGCGCCUUUAGUGAAACUGGCAAGCAUGAAGAAGUUAUCCGAGAAAAUGGAUGAUGAUGGUGAUGAUGAAUCAGAUUACUAA